AUGGACCCUGCGUAUCCUGACUCUCGCCUUCUUGCUAUCAUUAACGAGUUCAAGGCCGUUGUCAUUAGCACUGAUCCGGAAGAACGAUCAAGAUUCGAUGACGCUGACAUCCGCGAGGUUACUGUCACGGAAGACCUGCCAAAACAUCUGGAAGAGCACGGGUUACCCGUGCCGCGAGACCAAGCUUGGAAAAUGAGUGGCGUCCAGCCAGGAGAUCUCGCCGUUGUUGCAUUCACGAGCGGAAGCACUGGAAAGCCGAAAGGCGUUUUGCACUACCACGGACGGUUAACCUCGGAGCACCAGUCCUACAUCUGGAACAUGGAGUAUAAGGGGGGGUCCAGGAUAUUGCAGUUUGGGUCCUACGCCUUUCAUUGCAUCUGUUGGAGAGACUGGGCGAUCUUUUUCGCAUGGAGCGACGCUGUGCGUUCCAUCUGA